GGAAAUUAAUAAAGAAAAUAGUCAUUGGCUGCACGUAUUUUAUUCUUAAGUUUAUAAUAUUUUAUUUUAUUGGAACUAGUGUUUCUCCCUUCAAGAAAUGUUUAUUGGUUAACGUAAAAUAAUUGUCAACUGGAAGUAUGUUAAAAUAAGAGUAGCUUCAAUAAAAGUCUAAAUAAACAUUUGAGUUCUAAACUGCUUUUCUCGGCCUGAAGAAAGUCUCUAUUCAGGCUUUAAAUCUAAUGGAAGUCAACCACGGUGGCGGGAUGGCACUGACACUCGGUCCUAACUGGGCUGAGAUGACUCGGGAAUGUCUUCUGGACAUCUUCUCACGCCUUAGCCAGGAAGAAAGAUGGAUGGGACCGAUGCUUGUCUGCAAGACUUGGAUGAACACAUGCCAUGAACCGUCACUCAACACGAUCUUCGAUCUCGAAACUCGGUUUCAGUCAUUCCCGGAGUCCAUCAACUGGUGGAUUCCCGAGUUUGAAGACAAGGUUGAUGCCUUCCUCAGAUCCGUCGUUGACUGGAGCGAAGGAGGCCUCACAGAGAUUCGUGUCAGACACUGCACAGAUCGCUCUCUAUCUUACGUUGCUGAGAGGUGCCCUAAACUAGAGGUGCUUUGGAUUAAUAGCUGCCCUCACGUCACUGAUGCAUCAAUGGCAAAGAUAGCUUCAAACUGUCCAAAUCUUAGAGAGCUUGAUGUAAGCUACUCUUAUUGUAUAUCUCACGAGGCUCUGUCCAUGUUGGGGAGGCAUUGCCCGAACCUAGAGAUCUUAAAACGGAACCUGUUUCCUCGGCAAGGUCCCAACGUGUCUAUAAUUGUAGCGCCGGUUGAUUAUAUACUUGCAUUUCCAAGAUACGGUAACAUCGAGGCUCAAAUAAUAGGGAGACACAUGCCUAGGCUGAAGCACUUGGAGCUUCAAUACUGUACACUGACUGUUAAAGGCCUUACCUCGGUUUGUAAAGGAUGUUCCGACCUAGAGUACUUGGACUUAUCCGGGUGUAUAUCAUUGACAAACAGUGAGAUAACGAGAUGUGUCUCGAGCUUGAAGAAUUUGUUGGAGAUCAAGAAGCCUGACUUCAACCGGCCGGUUGAUAUUUUACUCCUUCCAAAUUGAAGAAAAUAAUGGUGAUGCUAAACUUUACUUGUUUAUGGUUCCUUUUGUGUUAUUUUGAUGAUGUUAUUUGCUUAUUGUUGUUGAUGAGAAGAGAGUUGGUUUUCCUUGUGUGCUAAGAAACCACCUCUUCUGCUUUCCUAUAAUUCUCUUGUUGUAACGACUUGCUUCUUGUAUUUCUCUACUUAAAGCAAUGAAAAAGAGGCCAUUUCGAUUGCCAAAUAAAAGUAGCUUUCAACC